AUGGCGGCCACGGUGGCCAUGGCCGCCCUGUGCCGGCGCUUCACGGGCGCGCUGCGGCUGUCAGGAGCGCGGCCGGGCUCGACAGCUGCCGGCCUCCCCGGAUUGACGCUGAAUCUGUUCCACAAGAACCUAGCAAAAGUCGAGCCCCUCCAUCAGGUGAAGUUUCUGCACGCUACUUUGUCUCGGAAAGGUCUGGAGGAGUUUUUUGAUGAUCCCAGAAACUGGGGAGAAAAAACAGUAAAGUCUGGGGAUGCAUGGAAUAUAAAGAAACUAAGGGGCAAGAGUAGUGAAGACUUGCACAAACUUUGGUAUGUCCUGCUGAAGGAAAAAAACAUGCUUUUAACUUUAGAGCAAGAAUCAAAACGACAACUCAGGCCUAUGCCAAGUCCAGAACGAUUAGAAAAGGUAGAAAAGUCUAUGAAAAAUAUAGACUUGGUUGUCAGAGAAAGAGAAAUCGCUUUGAGGCUUUUACAAACUGGCCAUGAAAAACCAGUACCUGGCGAGUGGAGACAUGACUUCUUAGGACGCACCUACUGGUACACUUAUAAGGAAUGGCCAAUACCAUGGUACUUGAACAAAAAAUACAAAAAGAGGAAAUUCUAUUACUUACCUCAUGUGAAUCACUUCAUCAGGCUCAGACUUGAAAAAUCUUUACGUAGAAGGGCAAGAAGGCAAAACCUAGAGAGGACGAGGCAGAAGGUCUUGGAAAGGAAGUUCCCUCACCUUGCCGUAAAAUCUCAGAGCCAGUAACAUGCUGGAAGAGCACUGCAAGCAAUUGGUCGAGUAUCUUUGUGACUGGAACAUUGAGCAAGUUCUGAAACCAGCGAACAACUCAACUGAGCAUUCCUGAGAGUCUCUAUCUUUUUUUUUUUUUUUUAAUCCCACAUUUGACCUAAAUUAAACUUGUGAUCUGGAAUUAAAAAGCAGCUUUGGUGCAUAACUCAA